UAAUUAACAAGUGACGUCCCUGGGGCAAGACGGGCCAGCCGGUGGUGUUGUUGUUGUUGUUGGCGGCGCCGGAGUGUGUGAGGACGGGUCCACUCAAGAAGGAACCGAGGAUGUGUUCAUGGUUGUGAUGAGUAGCUACGAGAUCUGUGAUACCCAAGCUAUUACUGUUUACAGCAGCUCAUAGCAAUCUACAAGAACAAUUUUUGAUGUUUUAGUGGCUGUUAAACUGCAUCUACUUACCUAUUUUUAAGUACAACAUUCCAGAUUAAGUGCAAUUACCAGAUAUAUUGAGAAAUUCAUAAGUUCUGUCCAGUAAACUUUUAAAAACUGCUAAUUGUGUCUUAAGUUUUGGAAACAAUAUUAUCUACUGAGAGACUUCUCCGUCGACCUAGUUCAGCUCUGUUCUAGUCUAGUUCUGAUGUCUAGUGGGAUGUGGUCAGCUAGUAAUGGCCCUGUCAGCGGGCGGCUCGGCCCCCUGGUGGGAGCCGUGGACCAGGGCACCUCCUCAACACGCUUCCUGGUAUUCUCAGCCAACACGGGCGAGGUGUUGACCUACCACCAAGAGGAGGUUGCUCAAAUAUACCCCAAUGAAGGCUGGGUGGAGCAGGACUGUAAUGGUCUGCUCAAGUCAGUCCAUACGUGCAUUGAAAAGGCAGUGGAAAACCUUAAAUCUCUGGAAAUUGACCCAGCGGACAUCAAAGCAAUUGGGAUAACCAACCAGCGGGAAACAACAAUUGUGUGGGACAAGACUACCGGGAAGCCACUUUAUAAUGCUAUCGUUUGGUUGGACGCCCGCACCGCCAGCACAGUGGAUGCCGUCUUGAAGGAAACCCCAGGCCAAAACAAGGACUAUCUGAAGGACCUCUGUGGCCUGCCUAUUACCACUUACUUCUCUGCCCUGAAGUUGCGCUGGCUGCUCGACAAUGUGCCUGAGGUGCAGGAGGUGGCGGAGAAAGGGAACCUCUUCUUUGGAACCGUGGACUCCUGGCUGCUGUGGAACAUGACAGGGGGUCUGGAGGGGGGACUUCACGUGACGGAUGUGACCAAUGCUUCCCGUACCAUGCUGAUGAACAUUACCACGCUGAAGUGGGACGCCAACCUGUGCAAAUUUUUCAAGAUUCCGAUGUCCGUUUUGCCUGAAAUUCGGAGCAGUGCGGAGAUCUACGGCUACAUCACCGAUGGGCCGCUGCUUGGCAUUCCCAUCUCAGGAGUGUUGGGUGACCAGCAGGCAGCGCUGGUGGGGCAGAUGUGCCUGUCCCGCGGCCAGGCCAAGAACACUUACGGCACGGGAUGCUUCCUGCUCUACAACACAGGCACACAGAUAGUACAGAGUGAUCACGGCCUCCUCACCACAGUCGCCUACAAGCUGGGCAAGAAAGCGCCAACCAUCUACGCACUGGAGGGUUCUGUUGCCAUUGCUGGGGCUGCCGUGCGCUGGCUAAGGGACAACCUGAGCAUCAUACAGAGCUCGGCAGACAUUGAGAAGCUGGCAAAGACAGUGAAGGACUCGGGUGGUGUGUACUUUGUGCCAGCCUUCUCGGGUCUGUUUGCUCCCUACUGGCGCACCGAUGCUCGAGGGACAAUCUGUGGCUUGACGCAGGGCAGCACAGGCGCCCACCUGGCCCGGGCAGUGCUGGAGGCCGUGUGCUUCCAGACGCGGGAAAUUCUGGACGCCAUGCAGAAGGAUUCAGGGAUUACUUUAAACAAACUUCAAGUGGACGGGGGAAUGACGGGCAAUAAUAUCCUUAUGCAGCUGCAAGCAGACAUUGCAGGAGUGCCAGUUGCUCGGCCCAGCAUGACCGAGACCACUUCCCUGGGGGCCGCCAUGGCAGCGGGGGCGGCGGAGGGCAUAGAGGUGUGGGACCUGACCAAGCUCACACCGCUGACCACAGAUGAUUUCACGCCUGCCAUAAUGCCUGAAGAACGUGAGAUGCGGUACGAGAAAUGGUGCAUGGCGGUCAAGCGGUGCAUGGACUGGGAGCUCCCCCGAGAUAAGCAACCAGGACCAGAGGGACCAUUAAGAAACAUGACCCCCACUGCUACCGGGUUAAGUAUUGCAUCUGAACGAAGAAGAAAUGGAAGGAGAGAAGUGUUAUAGUGUGGGUGUUACCUUAACAUAGCUUGGAGUUAUUCAGAUCAUAUAAGUUGCAAGGUCAGCCUUCACAGAUAUUUUUAUUGUCAUCUUCAUACCAGGUUUGAAUUAUAGCGUCAGUGGUCGUGUGCUGUUGUACUUAAGUUGGACUCAAUUCUUCACAUGAAAACUGGAAGCUAUGUAAUAGGCAAACAUCAUUUUGGAUAAGCGCAACAUUUUUUAAAGCAUACAACACUGCAGCGUCAUGUGUUGAUAACAAAACCCAUGCUGUCAUAGAAUCUCAGUUUUUCAAGGCUAAUUUGAUGUCCCAGGAAGUACUCACAUAACUGCCGAUGUGAACUACAGUCGUCCCUCAAAUAGUACGGUUUCCAAUGGUUUGGUUUUGGUUUUAUACGGAUUGUCAUAGAAGAUUUUUUAGGAUUUUUGAAUUUCCCGACGAGCAGGAAAUUUUAAAAUCCUAAAAGAUCAAUCCGUAUAAAACCAAAACCAAACCAUUGGAAACCGUACUAUUUGAGGGACGACUGUACUUGCUCUGAAACACAUCCUAUUGUUCCUUUGUUUGGGAAGCUUAUUUGUAACUUGUUGUCCCAUGAUAUGAUUUUCUAAAAUUUGUCAGAGCUUUCAUCUACUUCUGAAGCUGGGUGGCAUCAAGAUAUUGGAUUUAUUUGAGAAAGUGUCUAAGGGCCGCUUUCACAGUUACUUCGUUUGUUUUGAUCGUUACCAAUGGUGGCGAUUGACGACGUGAAACUGGCCUAUGGGGUAGUGGCGGCUGCAAUGGAAGCGAGAGGUGUUGAGAGUGUGUAGCAAGGUGCGGGGCUAGGCUAACCUCACAGCCGCCACUCCCCCAGCGGCGAUAACAGACACUGGUAACGAUCAAAACUAACAAAACGACUGUGAAAGCCUCCCUUAGUAACUACUUUGCACUUUGGAAAAUAGCGAUGGGUUUUGUAAAUGUUAUGUUGCAGAUGAAGGUCAUGCGUUACAAUGAAAGGGUGUGAUACGUUUCAGUAACUGGUGCUUUCUCAAGAACUAUCCUCCUAAAUUAGAUUAAUGAGAUAAUAUAGGACUCAAAAUGAAAGUUAGCAUUUCUUGUUAUGUAGUUUGAUUAUUGUUUUAAUCAUGACAAUUUAUGAAAUACUUUAUUGCUAGUGUAACUUUUGUGCUGAGGAAUAUAAUAUACAGUGUAAACUAUUUUUAAAGUGUUAUCUUAUUAAUAGUUUAUUUUCAGAGCUUUGCCAGAUAUAUAGAAAUGAUACCUUAUUAAUGUUUGAUAGUCUAUACAUAUGUAGUCUAUAAUUAGUUUAGAAGUUCAUGAAUCACAGUUUAUAACACAGUCUUCCAUGUUGUGCAUUCUGUUGCAUGAGCCUUAACCCUUUCAUUGCUAAUCGCUCGCAGCAAGACUAUCCCCCCCGGCGCACUCGGGCAGCCCAGUGGGGGGAGGGGGGGCUCUUUUAACUGCUGUAUCUCAAAAACUAUUCAUCACAGCUAAAAACAAAAAAACACCAUUGGAAAGAGGAGGCCAAGAUCAAUAAGAUUCGGUUAUGUGAGCCGCUCCUGCGAACGUACAGGCACGUUCAGCAAGUGACGCUAGUGCUCACUCUUUUAACCUCUGUAUCUCAGUGUAGUAUUGCCAACUGCAAAAUUUACAACUAUUUGGUCAAAAAAUCAGUCAGGUGAUAGGUGAAGCCUUGCAAAAAUGCCGCUAUAUUGGACAACAACAUCCACCAGUUACUCGUCCGUAGAUUUUCCGCGCUAGGCUGAUAUGAUUUUCCACCAAAUUUAGUGGAAAACCCACUGAGUUGGCAAUGCUGUGGGGUGAGAAAUAGUGUUGGAACACUCAUACGCGGGAAAUUUGAGUGCGGCUGACGCUCGCAGGAAGCAUGUAGCACCUGCGGCAAGUUACGCUAGUCCUCGCUGCAAGCAUUUAGCAUCAAAAGGGUUAAGCCUCCCCGUCCACACUGGGCAUUAAGGCGUGCGGUGUGUUGUGUAUGGUAAGAAAGGCAAGGAAAGGAGGAAGGGAAGGGUAAUUUCAGUGUCAGAACAUGGCGGAGGGGUCUUAAGAACAUAAG